UUUCUUUUCUUUUCCCUUCAUUUCAUUCUACAACCUGAUCCAUGCCUCACUACAUUCAUUCCUUUUCUUCUCCAACAAUGAAAGGCUGGCUUUUACAAAAAUCUAGAAUUGGUUUACGGAAAACACGAAUACGAUAUUAUUUUAUACUGGAAUCUCAACAACUACGAUCCUAUAAAACAGACCGACCGGAUGCUUUGCCUAUCUCUUCUAUUGACUUAUCUGAAUAUGAAUUACAAAUCCAACCCUCUGCCAAGCAAUUUACUUUUCAAUUGAUUCAUCAAACCAGCAAAUCAUCCGCAAAUACUACAUCAACUUUUUUUCCUUCAAUAAAUCUUGACCUUCAAGCAGAAAAUGAAUUAGAUUGGAGCCAUUGGGUUGAUACAUUGGAACAUCAUGUAGGUGAUCAAGUUAACAACGUUGCCGGCAAUAACGAUCAUCAUCGUCAUCAAGAUCAAGUGAACGUAUUGGAUAAAUGGCUUGGACGUUAUGAUUUGAUUGUACCCAGUACUGAUCGAUGCACACCUUCUCUUCUAUCACUGGCACCGUCUUCUUCUUACGAUAACAAUGAUGAUCUAGAUGAUUUGAAUCCUAUCAGCCCACGAACACCUGUCUUUGAUCAACAACAGCACCAAGAACACCAACAACAGCAACAGCAGCAGUCAUCAUCUGUAAAAUCAGCAUCAUCAACGAUUACUACCAAUACCACAACAAAACCACGUCGAUUCUUUAGUUUCUUAUCGUCAUUCACAUCAAAGAAAAACAAAUCAGCAACAAGUUCUUCCACUAAGGCUUCUUCACCAGUAAGCUCUUGUAACCGUUGACAUCAUUGGGUUUCCGGAUGGAAAAAAACAAAAGAAAGAUAAUUGGUCAAGGC